AUGUGCGUGGCGCGGGGCACGGCCGCGGCGGCGCUCGUGGCGGCGUGCGCGGCCGCCGUCGGGGCCGGCGGUGGUGUUCGCGGCGCACGCGGUGGUGGGCGUCGGGGCGGCGGCCGCGGCCGCGGGAGCAGGACCGGCCGAGCGGCGCGCCUGGCGUCCGCGCAGCGCCGGCUGCGGCGUCUGGCCCGGGCGACGUGCGUGGCGCGGGGCACGGCCGCGGCGGCGCUCGUGGCGGCGUGCGCGGCCGCCGUCGUGGCCGGCGGUGGUGUUCGCGGCGCACGCGGUGGUGGGCGUCGGGGCGGCGGCCGCGGCCUCGGGAGCAGGACCGGCCGAGCGACGUGGGAGCAGGACCGGUCCGAGGCACUACGCGCGGCCGCUCCAGGCAGAACAGAUCCGGAGUUCAAAAAAACCUCUCACCUGAAGAAGCGCUCCAGGCAGCUUUCUCAACGAGCGGGGGUGUGGGCAGGGCCUCCUAGCGCAGGAGCUCUAGCCAGCGGCGUCAGACUGGCUUCCUGCCGCGUCCUCCUUGCGACUGGAUUAGGGAGCCAGGCAGCAUAG